AUGGAAGUUACUAGGAAAAAUUUUAAAGAGGCAUUACCUCUAGUUGUAGAAUCUAUAGACAAAGCUGAUUUCUUAGUUAUUGAUACAGAGUUCACUGGUUUAAUAAAUGGCAGGGAUGUGUCUAUGUUCGAUUCCCCACAGGAAUACUAUAGUACAUUGCUGCAUGGAUCUACUGACUUUUUAUUAAUACAGUAUGGUCUAUGCGCUUUCUAUUGGAAUGAUAAAGAAAAACAUUAUAUGAAUGAUGCUUAUAACUUUUACUUAUUCCCGCGUGGACGUCCUGGUCUAGAAAAAACGUUUUUGUGUCAAAGUUCCAGCUUAGACUUCUUAGCUUCCCAGGGUUUUGAUUUUAACAAACUUAUAAAAGAAGGUAUAUCAUACAUGACAGAGCCUACUGAAUCAAAGCUGCGAGAAAACUUAGCGGAAAAGCAAAGUAGGAGUAAUAAUGAAAAGGAUACUAUAACUAUUCCCCCUGAAAAUAAACCCCAAAUUGAGGCUAUAUGCCAAGAUGUUAGAACAUUUCUAGAUGAAAAUAAAUCAGAUGAGAUGGAGAUAGACCGUUGUAAUGGAUUCAUUAGAAGGCUGCUAUUCCAAGAGCUUGGUCUGAGAUUCAAAGAUGAGGCAUUUGUUGAAACUAAGGUUUUAGAGAACAAGGAUAGGGUUUUGAAAGUGACAAGGAUAAAAUCUGCUAACGAUAGCAAGUCAAAAGAUGCCAAGAGAAAGGAGAAAGAAUGGGAGGAAUUUGAAGAAGCAGUUGGGUUCUCAAGGGUUGCUAGGAUGAUCAGCCAAUCAGAGAAGCUAGUGAUAGGUCACAACAUGCUGUUGGACCUACUGCAUACACUCACACACUUUUUCCAGCCACUGCCCUCAGAUUAUGCAUCCUUCAAAGAGUUUGCGCAUUGCAUGUUUCCCAGGCUGUUAGAUACAAAGUACAUGUCGAGUCUGCCUCCAUUCAAGGAUAAAGUAAACUCAAGUGUUCUGCCACAUUUACUCCACACACUAUCGCAACCACCCUUUGCAUUGCCAACAGCUGUGUCGCAGCCCGGCCGCGGCUACUCGUGCUCGGAGGCGAAGGCGCACGAGGCGGGCUACGACGCGUACGUGACGGGGCUCUGCUUCCUGGCGAUGCACGCGCACUUGUCGCGCAUGCGCGGGGAGCCCCCGCAGCGCGUCGCGCCCGGAGACUCCGCCCUGCUGAAGCCCUUCAUCAACAAGCUGUUCCUGGCUAAGACUGCCCAUCAGGACUCGCCGUACAUCAAUUUGACUGGGGAUGAUCCGUCGCCGUCCAGAGACCACGUGUUUCAUCUAACAUUCCCAAAGGAAUGGCGGUGGAAUGAUAUCAAUCAACUUUUUAGUGCUUUUGGCCAAAUCACGGUCCAAUUCCUGGACGACACGUCAGCACUGGUCGCGUUGUCGCGCAAGGACCUCGCCAAGUCAGUGACGCGCGCCUUUGCGAAUAACAGCCGGAUAUCCCUCGUGCCCUACGUCAAGUAUAAGAUGUGUGCUGCCAAGCCAUCCAAUCAGUACCAAUUGGAGCGUCGAGAGGACUUGUCAGAGAGAUACACAAAAAUAUAUUCGCCCGACAACGCCGCGUUAGUCCGACGAGGUACUGUAAGUGAAUCUAAUGAGGGCUGGUCGUCGAAGAAGAAGCGAGGGCGGUCGAAUAGUGUUUCGUUAGUUCCACCAGCAUUGCAGCGAACUACGUCUGGCGAGUUCCAGGUUGACGAUUUCGAACCGCCGGCGAAGAAAACAGUUCUUACGAAGUCUAAUGAGGAUUCGCGACCAACUGUUAUUUCAAAAUCAAACGGUCGUAGUAAAAACAGUGGGAGCAAGAAAGAAGUAAUAGAUAAUAGGACAGACAAGGACAAAAUGAUUGAUAGAUUUGAGAGUGACAGCAAAUCCACUUGUGUGGCAGUUUUCAGAGAAAGUUGUGGUUGGGAU